AUGGAUUUGGGUGGAAGGACCAGGGCGGAGCUAGAAUGCUUCUGUGAACCUGGAAGAAGGGCAUCUGAGUGCUCCUUGGUGGAGUUUAAAGGAGCAGCACAGCACUUCACAUGGCAGAGAACCACAGGGCUGCUCAUCAGAACUACAGAAUUUAAUGCUCUUUUUGGAUGGAUGUCGAUAAUGGUUCUGUAUCUGGUUUGUAAUACCAGCAAAACAAGUUAUCUUUUAGCUGUGCCUAAGCACCCGUACGCUGCUAUGGAGAACUGGGGACUAAGUAUUUUUGUGGAACAAAGAAUACUGCUGGAUCCCAGUGUUUCAUCUAUUUCUUAUUUACUGGAUGUCACCAUGGUCAUUGUUCAUGAGAUAUGUCACCAGUGGUUUGGUGACCUGGUGACUCCUGUGUGGUGGGAAGAUGUGUGGCUGAAAGAAGGUUUUGCUCACUACUUUGAAUUUGUUGGUACAGACUACCUCUAUCCUGGCUGGAACAUGGAAAAACAGAGAUUUCUGACGGAUGUUCUGCAUGAAGUGAUGCUGCUUGACGGCUUGGCCAGUUCCCAUCCAGUAUCACAGGAAGUGCUACAGGCAACAGAUAUUGACAGGGUGUUUGACUGGAUCGCCUAUAAAAAGGGUGCUGCUCUAAUUAGAAUGCUGGCUAAUUUUAUGGGCCAUUCAGUAUUUCAGAAGGGUUUGCAAGAUUAUUUAACCAUUCAUAAGUAUGGCAAUGCAGCCAGAAAUGAUCUCUGGAAUACACUAUCAGAGGCUUUAAAAAGGAAUGGAAAAUAUGUAAAUAUACAAGAAGUAAUGGACCAGUGGACACUCCAGAUGGGUUAUCCUGUUAUCACCAUCUUGGGAAAUACAACAGCAGAAAACAGAAUAAUAAUUACCCAGCAACAUUUUAUUUAUGACAUCAGCGCUAAAUCUAAAGCACUUGAACUUCAAAAUAACAGUUACCUGUGGCAGAUUCCAUUAACUAUUGUGGUAGGAAAUAGAAGCCAUGUGUCUUCAGAAGCAAUUAUUUGGGUGUCUAACAAAACAGAGCACCACAGAAUAACUUUGGACAAAGGAAGCUGGUUGCUGGGGAACAUCAAUCAAACUGGCUAUUUUAGAGUCAACUAUGAUUUAAGGAAUUGGAGACUACUAAUUGAUCAAUUAAUCAGAAACCAUGAGGUUCUCUCUGUCAGUAACAGAGCAGGUUUGAUCGACGAUGCCUUCAGCCUGGCCAGGGCCGGCUCUUUGCCUCAGCAUAUUCCCCUGGAGAUUAUCAGAUACCUGUCUGAGGAGAAAGAUUUUCUUCCUUGGCAUGCUGCCAGCCGAGCUCUCUAUCCUCUGGAUAAAUUACUGGACCGCAUGGAGAAAUACAAUGUCUUCAAUGAAUAUAUUUUAAAGCAAGUUGCAGCAACAUACAUCAAGCUUGGAUGGCCAAAAAACAAUUUUAAUGGAUCUCUUGUUCAAGCAUCCUACCAACAUGAAGAGCUGCGUCGAGAAGUUAUAAUGCUGGCCUGCAGUUUUGGCAACAAGCACUGUCAUCAGCAGGCGUCAACACUUAUUUCAGAUUGGAUUUCCAGCAACAGAAACAGAAUCCCACUCAACGUUAGAGACAUCGUCUACUGUACAGGAGUCUCACUACUAGAUGAGGACGUCUGGGAAUUCAUCUGGAUGAAAUUCCACUCUACCACAGCAGUUUCUGAGAAGAAAAUAUUAUUGGAAGCCUUAACUUGCAGUGAUGAUAGGAACUUAUUAAAUAGGCUUCUGAAUCUAUCACUAAAUUCUGAGGUGGUGUUGGAUCAAGAUGCAAUUGAUGUGAUAAUCCAUGUCGCUCGAAAUCCACAUGGCCGAGACCUUGCCUGGAAGUUUUUUAGAGAUAAAUGGAAGAUAUUAAAUACCAGGUAUGGAGAGGCAUUAUUUAUGAAUUCUAAACUCAUUAGUGGAGUUACAGAAUUUCUUAAUACUGAAGGUGAACUCAAAGAGCUGAAGAACUUCAUGAAGAAUUACGAUGGAGUAGCCGCUGCCUCUUUCUUGAGAGCUGUGGAGACCGUUGAAGCCAACGUGCGCUGGAAAAUGCUCUAUCAAGAUGAGCUUUUCCAAUGGCUAGGAAAAGCUCUGAGACACUAAUAUCUCUUAUAAACAAUUCAACUAAGAACAUUGGGAGAAACCUGCUUUAUAUGGGAUGAGGAAAAUGUGCUAUGUGGAAAAUGGCCAGAUUUUCAGUGUUAACGUGUGGGAGGACUUUUUUUUUUAAUUUUUGGUUUUGGGGGACUUUCCUGUUCAUUUCACUCAUUCUGUUUUGUUUCUCUACUGGGUGUUCUUCUCUAAGGAAACUCUUGCAAGUGAAACUAGCCAUGAUUGCAUCAGCUGUACAUUCCUUGCUGUACAGGACCAAAUAUGAUAGUGGUGCAUGUCGAUGUUGCAGUCAGUUUGGAAAAACAUAUUCAGAAUAUUUUGUGCAUGGUUGUAUGGUCCUGCCUGUGUUCAGCAUGCUUAUUUAAAAUGUCCAAUGUUGUACGUGAAUAUAUGUUACAUCCAGGAUGGGCAUUAUACAAAAGCACAAAGACUAUCUAUGACAAUCAGUGUUGCAAUGAAAAACAAACUAAAAAGGAAUUAUAUUCUUACUUCUGGGCGAUGUGAGAGGUAAAAUAGCCCUUGAAGUGGUCAGUGUCACUUAUUUCAGCACUUGGAUUGUCUUGCAAUGAUUCCUGUGUUGCUAACUCAUUUUCUUUGAGUUAAAGCUGUGUAUAUGUUUAAAAAGGCAUAUAGAUAGUGUAUGCAUAUGUAUAUGUACAUAGGGAUGCCCUAUAUGUAUAUAGUAUGUUGUACACUGCACUUGUGCAAAGGAUCUCUUCAGAUCAAAGAAACUUUAUCUCUUUUUAUGAACUUACACAAACUUUGAAAAGGCUUAAAAGAAUUUAUCUCAACACUAUCCUUCCUGACAAUUUCCUGACUAAAUUUCUCAACCCUUAUAGAUUUUUUUCAUCUGCUUCCUGAACAAUGGUCUAUUCUACUACAUGAAAAUGAAUUCGAACAUAAUUUAUGUAUAAACACUCUUCUAAUUCUCUAAAAUGGCAGCCUUGUAUCCUAAAUAUAGAUUCUGUCAUCAUUAUGGUCAAACUUAUGCUUGCAUCAAACAAUUGUGCACAUUUAAGAAUUAUCAGUGCUGAGAAGGUGUUUCUUUUUCAUCUUGUUUGUUUUUCCAUCUCAUGGCGGGUGGUCCAGAGGGUUGAAAAUUCUCUCUGUGUUGGUCUUUGUGUCUGUGUCCAUCUAAUCCUCCAUUAAGUGACUGUACAUCGAGUAAGUCUGAUACCAUUUAAUAACCUUUGAUGCCAAUCAUGCCAUCCAUUCAGAUGAAAGUUACUUUUCUUGAGCAAAGCUUUUCCUUUGGCAUUGACAGCUCUCUUCUCCAUGGAAUUUUAAAUAGCCCUUUUCAUGGCUGUGUGUUUUGUAAUACAAGUGCUUAUUUUGAAUGGCAUUCUCACCCAGUAGGCCAGCUCUCCAAACAUUGCUUAGAUGCUCCAAAAUGAACAUAUUUUAAGUUUGCCAUUAUAAAAUACCAGCACAACUACGGGACCUAAGCCAAAAGUUUGUGGACCACUUUCUAUUUUCCUAAGGUUUUCCACUCCUCCAAAUCUCCUUGCAAAUAAUUGAGAGAGAUAUAUUCUAAUCGUCACUGAACACUGAAAAAACAAUAGGUGUUUUAGAAACCAGAGCCAUAGAUUUAUUUUGAGUUUGUGGUAAAAAGUAACAAUUUCCUAAUCCAUUGAACAAGUAUCACCUAAAAUUGAAUUUCACCCUUUUAGCAAUUAAUAUCUAUUUCUCAUACUUAAAUUUUUCAGCACUUCAUUCAAUUAAAAUAAAUGAAUUUUAAAUACACUGUGUGGAUUUAGUGAGACAUAGUAAUAGUAUUAAAUCUAAAAGCCAUCCCACUGAUCAGAAGUCAUAUAAUUUAACUAGUACUUGCACCUAUGUAAAAUCUAUAAGGGACAAAUUCUAAGACAUAACAAUAAUAAAUAUCACACUGCCGUAAAGGUCCAAAACAUGUACUGUAUCAGCACUGGAUUCAUGUAAUAAGAUAAAUAGAUAAACAAUUAGAGGUGGAUGUCUUAUUUUGUGUCAUGAAUUACUGAAAAUUCUUAGUAGUUGUAACAUUCUUUUGAGUGAAAUCACAUUUCCAUAUUUGAGUUAGAAAGACUUUUAUAGUUACUUUUUCCUCCCCACUGUUAAUAAUCUUAAUCCUCUUUCAGUAUUUUAGUGGCCUUGAACAACUGGUUUAGCUACAAUGUCAAGUCCUAAAUGUGUAAUUAUGUGCAAUGUUCAAUACCUCAUAGAAUAUUUGUUCAAUGGUAUAGUAGUGUCAAUGGCAUUGAGAUGGGAUUUCUGUUCUACAUAUUUUUCAAUAAUUUGUCCUUUCUAAUGUUGAAGAUUAUAUCAGGCUUUAAUGUUUUUUAGUUGUUUAAAUAAGUAAUAUUUUCAAAAUAAUAAAAUGACCAAUGAUAUCUCU